AUGAAACCCGUCGUCUCGAAAGGAAAGGCUUGGUUCUGCACAGUUCUUUCAGCAUUUGGUGUUAUAAUCCUUUCUGUGAUUGGCCAUUUGUUCAAUAUCAAGCACGAGGCCUUUGUAGGAUCAAUUAAUGAUCCGAAGGAUGGUCCAGCCGUCGCUCAUACUGUCUUCUUAGCCGCUGCCGUAUAUUUAGUCUUCUUCGUCUUCUGUGGCUCUCAAAUAUACAUGGGCAGGAAAAGUUCCUCAAUCGAACUCCGUUAG